AUGAACAACUUUUCGUCUCCUCCACCGUGGUUGUCUUCUUCUUCUUCUUCCCGUAAUGUUAAGGCCAGGGUUGGCAACCCAGAUUGGACCGCUCUCCCUUUUAACCUUCUCUUAUCCGUAAGUAAACACCUCCCAACAAGAACUGACAUUCGGCAUUUUCGUGUCGUCUGUCUCUCGUUUAUUUUCGCAGUCCCCUCUCCUCCAAAAAUCCCUUUUCCAACCUCGAAACUCUCCAUCUCUCACCCCAUCAUUGGUCCACUCCGUAUGUCUCGAUCCAACUUUAUACUGUCCUACUCAACAGUUUAUGCUAUUAAACCUCUUCACAAAAUCAUCUACACUCACAAAACCGCUAAAACGUGGCUAGUUAGAGUCACGGAGCUGAGCUCCGGGCUGCUCAGAGUCGAGGAUCCGCUUUGCCCCGGUCUUUUUGAAGCCUUGAGGUUGCCAAAAGUGUUGGAUACGUUGAAAUAUCACGUUACGGAAAUCGCUAGAGUGUACACAAUUGAAGUAGACUCUCCUGAAAGGCGGUCCGGCGUUUUCAACAAAGCGGUUGUUUCUACAGGUCUUGGUGGUAAGGAUGAGUUUUCUGCCAUGGCAAUUCAUCGUCAAGGGAAACUACAAUUCUAUGUCGUGGGCGAAACGGGUCUGACGAUAUCUGUGGAUACUCGGUCCUUGAGCGUUACUCAUGUUGUGUUCCCGCUGCAAAAUUUAAAUUUGGGGACAAGACACUUGGUAAAAUCACCAAAUGAUUUGUUUUUAGUUGUUAAGUACGUGAAUGUGCUUGUUUUCAAGCUUGAUUUUCGGGCUUACGAAUGGGUUAAGGUGAGGAAUGAAUUGGAUAAGAGAGUUUUGUUUACAGGUGACCAUGAUUAUUACCCCGGAAUGGAUACUGGGAUUUUCGACUUGACAACUAGUUAUGAAGAUUCGAUCAUGGAAUUUCCAGGCUAUUCAAUGCUUUUCUGGUGA